AUGGCCAGUGAUUUAAAUUUCACCCUGUAUAACUUAGAUGAGACCAGCUUCUGCAACGACCCCACCAAGACUAAAGUUGUUGGCCUGAAGGGGUACCCUUCUACUAGAACAACUGCGUCCCCUGGAAGGAAUAACACCACUGUACUGUUAGCUUCAAAUGCGCUCGGUAAAAAGAUCCCUCCCUUGAUAGUAUUUCAGGGGAAACAACUAGGGUCGAAUUGCUUUUUCGAAAACGAAAAUGUUAAUACAGCGUAUGUUGGAAGCCGUAAGGGGUGGAUGGAAACCAAAAUAUUCGAAAAUUAUAUCGCAAAGGUUUUCAUACCAGCAAUUGGACCGGAAAGGCCAGUCUUAUUAAUAUUUGAUGGCCAUUCAACACAUGUAGACUUGAGUGUUAUAGAACUUCUAAUGGCCAACCAGAUAACAGUUCUUAAACUGCCGGCUCACUCAUCCCAUAUUCUGCAACCAUUAGACUGCAGCACAAUGAAACCUAUGAAAGACAACUGGGACAGUGAAUUGGUAAAAUGGCAAAGACUCCAUGUGGGUGCAAAGCUUCCAAAACCAGAAUUUGCCAGGAUCAUAACUAAGAUAUGGAAUGAUUUGAACCCAGUUAUCAUUCAAAAUGGCUUUAGAAAAUCUGGUAUAUAUCCGUUGAAUCGUGAUACAAUUCCAAAAGAAAAGUUUGACAAGCUUUCAUGGUCAAAAUGGGAAGAACAUAUUCGCCAACAAAAUGAACAGUCUCAUAGCGUUGCCAAUAAUAAUGCUGAAGAAGGAAGGAAGGUAGAAAAUGGCACUCAGGAAGAUAAAAGUCAGGACAGAAAUGAAGUUCCAACACUCACGAGUAUGUGCACGAGCAUGUGGCUUGAGAUCCUUAAUCGUGGGAAGAAAGAAAUAGAUCUACCCAAACGCGUGAAAGACCCUAAAACGUUUUUAAUUUCACUUUCUAAAAAUACCAAUUCCAAUAUUACCAACAGUGGCUCUGGUAACGUCAAAAUAUUGAGCAAUAUCGAACUCACUUCAACUAGCUAUCAAAAACAGAAAGAUGAACAUGUUUCAUUUGAAGAACUUCUUUUGGAGACCAUUUCACGUAGUGACAUACCUAAAACUUCAAGAAAACGCGUUAGUCAAGAAGCAGAGAUAUUAACUUACAAAGAAGCUAUUGAUCGUAUGAAAAAAAAGAAAGAUGAAAAAGAAAAGGCGGAAGAAAUUAAAAGACUCAAUAAACUUAAAAGAGUAAACAACAAAAAGAAAAACGAGAAAAAGAAACAGAAAAAGUUGAUUGACAAAAAAAGCAAAUCUAAAAAAAGAAAGAAUUUGGAAUCGGACAGUGAAAGCGAUUGUUCAUACACACCGAUGGAUGAUUCUGAUGAUGAAGAUUUAGCUGCCUUUGCUCAAAGAUUGUUGUGUGAUGAGAGCUUUGACGAAGAUUUGCAAGAGCCAUUACUAUCAACUACUAACGAAAAUUUAGAGAAGAAACCUAAACUAAAAAGCGAAAGAGUAAAUAAAAGACGAAAACAAAUAUCCGGAGAAAAGGAUGUCAAUAUAAACAAGGAAGUGAAUUUUACCAAAAAACUAUCUACUUUGGAAGAUGCUUGUGAAGAAGAAUUGCAAGAACCGCUACAAUCUACAUCGAAAGAAGAAGAGAAAGAUACACGUAAAAUGAAAAAAGAAAGAGAGAACAAAAGAACUAAUAACAAUAGGAUGGUGGAAUCAUUAAGAGGGAAGGAAGUAAGUAUAUUUAAGUUAUAUACACAAUAA